GAAUAUUCCCGAAACACCAUUUUAAUAUUAUACUAGUUCAAUUGUGUUAUAGAUUAUUUUUUUUUAAUUAUGGAAGACGAUCAGGAUUCAAUUGAAAUUGCAAGUCCAAAUAAAAGUGCCACUAUCCUUUGUGUUCAAUACCUUGUAUCACACCACAUGAAAUCUAAAAAUGUAAUUAAAAAAGAUGAUCUGAUGAAAACUGUCUUCAAGGGUCGCAAUAUUGGAAAAAAUUAUGAAAAAGUUAUGGAAGAAGUGGCAUACACUUUAAAAAAUACUUUUGGAUUUUCAAUAUCAUAUAUUAAAAAUGAUCACAAACAGUUCAUAAUUAUAAACAGUAUAGAUGAGAUCGAUGUUCCUCGAUUAAGUUCUUCUGAAGAAUCAAAAUAUCGUAAUUUACUUAAACCAAUAAUUGGAGCUUUAGUUAUGCUUCGUACACCAAUCAGCGAAGGUCAAAUGUGGAAUAUAUUGGAAAAAUUUGCUCUGAAGUUCAAUUUAGACAUGGAUUAUAUAAAACAAAUUUUUAAAGGAGAUUUUGUAAAAGAUCAAUAUCUUCAAUACAAACUCACUGAUGAUACAACUAUAAUGCUUGAUCCAGAAAAAACAAUUUAUUGGUUUACCUUAGGACCUAGAGCUUUAGAAGAAUGUGAUCAGAUGACAUUAUUAAAUCGAGUUGGUGAGUUGUACAACAAGCCUGCCAAGUCUUUCAAGCGUGUUUAUGCUGAGUUAAUUAAAUAAUAAUUGUUAUUUAUAUUAAGUCGUUUAAUCUUUAUUGUGUUGUCCUAAGAAUAAACAAUGUAUUCAACUUUUUAAAAUAUACAAAAUAAUAUGUUUAAAGUUCGAUUUUUAUUAUAAAGUUCUCGAGAAUAAAAUAUUGC